AUGGCGUCCACGUCCUUCUGGGGCGCGGUCGAGGCGGCGGCUUCACACGAAUUAUGCGACCCAACCGGGAGGCGGAUCGUCAGCUUGCGCUGCGGCGGCGGCGGCGGCGCCACGGUACUAUCCUUCUGUGCGCAUGGCUCUGCUUUGUGGGAGAGGUUCUGCAGGAUGGAGUCCAUUAUUACUUGGCUUCUGUUUUGGCAGGAAGGCUUUGAAUUCAGUGGCCUCCCGCCGCAGGCUGCGCGCCGGCAGCUUUUAACCCCCAAAUAGUCUCCAGACCGGUAUCUAUCGGCGCUCUUUUGCGCGCUGCCCUCCUCGUGUGGCUGCCCCCUGUGUUUUUGCAGUGAAAAAACGGGUUUUUCCGCCGGCGGAUCAACGGAUGCCUCGCCGACGCGGGGCGCCCGAGGAGUAGACGCCUCGCAGACGCUUUAGCUGGCUUCGACCGCGAGAGCCCACAGCGCAGCGCUUUGCACAGCGCGAGAGCGCAGACGCAUUGCAGCGCUAAGGCUGCCCCAGCGACGCACGAUGCGCCGCGCGCCGGUCCGCAUCCCGACCGCACCCCCGGCCGCCCGCCCGCGCAGCGCCCCGCCGCGCCGGCCGCCGGACGACGAGAGACUGGAGCGCAUCAAGCACGUGUAUGGGGUCUACGACGACGCCGUGCCGUCGACGCCGCCGCGCGCGCGGAGCCCGCCCAAGAGAAUACAGCAGCAAGCCGAGCAGGACGUCGACGACGCCGAUCAAAAGUACGUGGGCCGCGCCCGGCGACUCGUGCGGCGCGUCGUCGCCGCGCUGCAUCAGGGCGAGGGGUCGCCGAACUACGGCAUGAUCUUCAAGCAACUCGACGUGUGCGGCCACGGCGGCAUCCAGCGCCACAACCUCAAAUCGCGGCUCCGGUCUUUACUGAGACCGGCGCCCAAGGACCGGCAUAUAGAUCUGUUGUUCGACGCCCUCGACAGCGACGAUAGUAAUGAGGUCGUGACCCUCAAGGAGUUCGCCCAGUUCGCGCGGGCCGCCGAGCUGCCGGCCGACUUCCCGAAACCGAAGCCCAAGCUCGACAGAAUCGUGAAACGGCCGAAGUCGGCGCCCGCGGUGCGACGAAGAAUCCGGACCCUCUCCAUCCAACAAAGCGAGCGCGCGGCGCACCCGGCGACGCGAAAGAAGGCCAUCGAGCUGUUGCAAGCCCUGCACCGCACCGUCUCCACCACAGACGCGCAGCUACGCUUCACGUUUCCACAUGAAACGCGGGACCGCCUCGUCUCGCGCCUCGGCGCGCCGCCGAACCAGCUGACGCCCGCGCGGCUCUGGCACAAGAUCGCGAAGUUCGGUGUGGUGGACCGGGAUGAAUUAAGCCGGCGCGUGCGGGAGCUCCUUGGAAGCGACGUGUCUGAUUCUGAUGUCACGUGCCUCUACGAGUGCUGCGACCUGGAGCAGCGCGGCGUCGUCACGCUCCAGGACUUUGCGCACUUCGCGCGGCGCGUCGACUUAACGAUAUCACCGCCGCCGCCCCGGCGGCCGCUCCCCAGGAAGACCUUCGCCGAGACCGUGCCGGCGCGGCCGAGGCCGACGGAGGUCGUGGUAGCGCCGCGGCCAACGUCCGACAAGACGGACCGCAUGGCGCGCGCCGCCGCCGAGGCGCUCUUCUACGCGCUGGCGUCGACGAUCCAGCGCGAGUCGGAGCAGCACGAGAAGGUCAACUACGCGCGCAUGUUCCGCAAGCUCGACGUGCACGGGCGCGGCCGCCUCGACCGGAAUGAAUUGAGGCACCAGAUCGUCCGUUUACUCCCGUCUUCACCGGCGCGCUUCGCUACCGACGCGCUCUUCGACGCCUGCGACACGGACGGCACGGGCUUCGUCGAGCGCGCUGAAUUCGCGACGUACGCCCGCGGUUUGGCUUUUGGGGUUGCGGCGCGCCACGCGGAGCGGCAGCGCGAGGUGCAGAAGCCUGCACAGCGCGCGCCGCGCGACGUGGGACGGACGCACAUCGCCCUCGAGGUGUCCGCCCCGCCGCGGCGGCCGCCGCUCGCGCCCGAGGACCUGGCGCGCGCCGCGGCGCUCUUCGAGCACAUCGCGCGGCGCGUCGACAUGGACAGUGCGGAUCGCGCGGGCGGCUUCGGCGUCGCGAAGCGGGACAUCGCCUACGGCCGCGUCUUCCGGAAGCUCUGCGUCUUCGGCGAGGAGUCCUUGGACGCCGGCGAGCUGGUGCGGGCCUGUCGCCGCGCGUUCCUCGACAACUUGAAAGGCGUGGCCGACGCGGACCUGCGGCUGCUCUACCGGGCCAUCGACGAGGACGGCACGGGCGUCGUGGCGCUGGAGGACUUCGCUCGAUUUGCGAAGAAAAUACGGGGCCGGCUGUUUGACGUGCAGGUCGCGCGACCGGAACCGCCGGCGCCGGAGCCGCGCGCGUCGCGGGUCAACGCGCGCGAUAGAGCCAGGGCGGAAGCCAUCCUGGGCCGCCUCGGGGAGGUCGUCGCGAGCCGGGGCGGAUCGCCUGGAUUCGACGACGCGACCAGGGGCCAGGGCGUCUCGUACGCGCGGCUCUUCCGCGUCCUCGACCCGGAGAGCGGCGCGAUGGACCGAGCUGAUUUGAUCGAGGCCGUCAAGAAGCGGACGGCCACCGUGUCUGAUGAGGACCUCGCUUUUCUCUUUGACGUGAUAGACGAAGACCGCUCGGGCCUCGUCACGCUGGGCGAGUUCCGCGCCUUCUCGAAGCGAGUCGCGGUGCCGAGCGAGGGCUUCCGGACCGGCGGUGGACCACUGUCCGAGACGCGGGGCACCGUACCAUUGCCGCCACCGUCAAACGCUCCCCCGGCGCGCGCCAAGCCCAAGUGGACGCCUCGCUCCGUGAAGCUAUCGGAUCGUAGCCGCGACUGCCGGGGCGGGCCGCCGGCGCGGUCGCGGCGGCCGCUGUGCCUGGACGGGCGGGCCAAAAGCCCCGUGCCCCCCCAAGCUAGCGCAUGUUUGUUACCCUCUAGAUACAGGGUGCGGAACGCGCGCGUUUCGGAUCGCUGCUAGCGGCUUGUAAGACACUAGCACUCUGAGAGCAAGCCGAGCUGGCGUGCGGUCGCAAGAGCCGUGUGUACUGCCCGCUGUCGCACGAGUGCCGUACUGCCUGCUGGCGCACGAGAGCCGUGCAUACUGCAGCCUGCUGUCGCACGGGAGCCGUGCGUACUGCAUACACACAAGCAGUCAGGCGCAUAUGCGCCUGGCGACGCGCGCCUGGUGCGUGUCCAGCGCGUCGGCACUGUACGCGAGCCGUGCCCGGCCGCGCCUCGCACGGACGAUGGCUACCUGGGUCGACGCCGACGAAGCAGCCACGGUCCAGGCGAAUGUCCAGGCCGUGCGCGAGCGCCAGAAACAAAAUAUCAGAAACCGCGACGCUCAUCGCCGUCUCCAAACUUAAGCCGCUCUCGCAUGUGAAGGCGGCCUUCGACGCGGGCCAGCGCGACUUCGGGGAAAAUUACGUGCAGGAGCUCGCCGAGAAGGCCGAGGCGGCGAAGGACGUCGAGGGCUUGCGGUGGCACUUCAUCGGGAGCCUCCAGUCGAACAAAGUAAGGCAAUUGUGCCAGGUGCCCCAGUUAGCAUGCGUGCACACGGUCGAGCGCGCGAAGAUCGCCAAUUCUCUAGAUCGGGUCUGGGGCGAGCUUGGUAAUGUGGAGCCUUUGAUGUGCUUCCUCCAGGUGAACACGUCGGGCGAAGAGACCAAGGGCGGCUGCGCGCCGGACGCGGCGCCGGAACUUGCAAAAGCCAUCCACGCGAAGCCGCACUUGAAUUUAAUUGGGCUCAUGUGCAUCGGGAAGUACAGUGGAGCGGAGGGCGACGCGUCGCCGGACUUCAACGUGCUGCGCUCCUGUCGAGACGCGGCCGCGGCCGAGCUCGGCGUUUCUGCCGAUACGCUGGCCCUGUCCAUGGGCAUGAGCCACGACUUCGAGCAGGCCCUAGGCCUCGGCGCGACGCACGUCCGCGUCGGCUCGACGAUCUUCGGGGCCCGGCCGGCGAAGAAGUAA